CAUGUAGGUACGGUAGGAAAACUUAGGUGAUUUUGACUUUAACUCGUACAUUUUUAAUUUUCAGAUAACACGACCGUUAGUUUUCGUGAUAGUAUGUUUUGGAUUCAUCAUUUUACUACAAUCGCUGGUACCAAAGGUGAUGGCAUUGAAGAAUUCUAACGUUGAUGAGUACAUGCUCGAAGACCAAAGAACACGUAAAAGAAAAAACUAUGUUGUGCGAUUGGCAAGAGACAGUGAAAUAUUAGGAAAUUCUGGAAACUUAGGCACCAACUAUGACACAGAUUCUUUUCAACCCGACCCAACGAAUCCUGAAGAACUAUCUGCAUUCAUUGUGGACUACGCCAAUAUGAUACGCAACGAUGUCAUCCUAUUAGACAAAUCUGUUGAAACGAGGACACGGAAAAGGGGCAACAUUCAAGUUAAAAAGUAUAACAAUCAAGCCCUGCCGGAUCCGCCCUGCACGUGCAACUUUAGCAGAGCCAUUGAAGAUUUUGGUGAAAACACGUAUCCACGUUUUGUGGAGACUAGAAAUUGUAGUCAAGCACGACAGUUGGCAUGCCAUCGACCGUAUGUCUGCAGAGAAAACUAUUACAACCUAACUGUUUUAAAAAGACGGGAGUAUCAACACCAAAUCUCUUCAAUAGAUCUGCCAUCCGAUCUAAAAUUUCGAUGGAUUGCGGAAUAUCGGCCUGUUAGCGUUGGAUGUGUUUGCACUAGAGAUUACUACGACAUUGAAAAUUAACCGUUUCUGAAGCAAAACCGCGAAGCAGACUGGAAUAUGUCUUUCCAAAGGUAUCAGAUAAAUCUGUGAAUAGAGCAAUCUUGGGCAUAUUUUGAAAAUAAAACUGUAGCUCUUAUAUUGCAUUUUUAUUUGCCGUCUGUAAUAUCAAAAUACUUAAUUUGUUAAAGUACUUAUUGCACAUUGCUUUAAAUACCAAUUUCGCUGUAUUACAAUAAUUUAUUGAUUAAAUUAGUAGCCAGAUUAUAUUUCAAUUUAGUAGAUUCCUGCAUCUAAUCAUAUCUUUGUAAUAAUCAUAUUAUCUGUUUUCUCAUAGACAAUUUGAAUUUUUUUUUUAACUACAUUAUGUAAUUAAUUUAAAUAAAGUAAACAUAACUUAUUCAAAAACGUACUUUAAUAAAUAUUAACAUUGACUAAAUAUUUACAUAAUUAAACAUUGUUUAUUGCUUUUAAUAGUCAAUAACAAAAAUGUUACAUAUAGACUCGUUUUUAAAAGUAACAGAGAUGAAGAAGACAGAAAACAGAAAUUAAAUUUUUACGUUAAAAAGCCUUUAUACUAAUGUGUUUGUUUAGGUUGAGUUGAAUGGAAGAUACUUCUCUAUGGUAUCGGAGAUCACGUUAAAGACAGUACAGUUUCAUGGGCCGCCGGAGUUGGGACCUCUCCCAAUUGCGGCAGAAUAUGUGUUAUCGCAACUCUUGUCUCAUUCAUCAUGCCCAUCUCGCGACGCAGUAUUUCUUCAGUCACGGUGUGAAUAGAUUUAAACUUCAAGUUAAUCCCAUGCACUUUGUAAACAUGGUUAUUCAAGUUCACUUUGUAACUAAACGCCACGUUGCAGACCUGGA